AGCGUACAUUCGGUUUCUUUCUUGGUCAAUUAUUAAUGAAAAGAAGUGCCCUCAUAGUCAGGGAAUACGUCUCAUUUUUAUGGUGUAUCGGUGUUUACAUGUGGAACUUUACUGUUUAAUUUUUUAUUGAAAACCACUUACAUAAUGAUAAAGUUAUGGUACAAUAUAGAAAAAAAUAAGGUGAAGAUAUGGACCUGUUGGAAUUAACUUUCCUGGGUACAGCUUCUGCUGUGCCUACACCCACUAGAUGUGUAUCAUGUACAGCAUUAAGGCAUGAUGAAGGUGUUUGGUUGUUUGAUUGUGGGGAGUGCUCACAAGUGCAGAUCAUGAAAAGUCAAAUAAAAUCAGGAAAAAUCAGCAAGAUCUUCAUUACUCAUCUUCAUGGGGAUCAUCUGUUUGGUUUACCAGGGCUUUUAUGUACUAUGAGCCAAAACAACCAAAGAGACGAACCAGUGGAAUUAUAUGGCCCUUUAGGGUUGAGGCAUUACAUCUGUACAGCCUUGUGUCAUUCUCGUUCAGAUUUGAACUUUGAUUUCAUUGUUCAUGAGUUACAACCACUGGAUGUGCAGCUACCAGAUAAUAUUGAGGAGUGGCCUUGUGACAACAAUAAAUUAAGUAUUCCUUUCCACCCUAAAGAAAAAAAAGGAAGCUUAAUUUCUGCUGAUGAAAACCAGAUUUGGCAGUUACAUUCAGACACAAAACUCAGUGUCCAAGCUGUCUGGGUUAAGCACAGAAUUCCCAGUUUUAGCUUUGUAAUUAAGGAGUCUGCAAAACCUGGAAAAUUAAAUGCUGAGUUGUUGAAAUCAAAAGGUGUUCCUCCUGGUCCAUUAUAUGCUAAAUUAAAAUCUGGUCAGUGCAUAACCACUGAUCAGGGACAAAUUAUCUCACCCUCUGAUGUAUUAGGGCAACCAAUUCCUGGAAGAACAUUGGUUAUAUCUGGAGAUUCUUGUGAUUCAUAUCAGCUGUUCAAGGUAGCAAAAGGAGCAUCAGUUUUGGUACAUGAAGCAACUUUAGAGAAUUCUCUGCAAGACCAGUGUGUCAAAAAUGGUCAUUCAACACCAGCAAUGACAGCUAGUUUAGCUAAGCAGCUGGAUGUUAAACUACUCAUCAUAACACAUGUCAGCGCCAGGUACAAACCUCUAUCUGCAGAACUUAAGGAUGGUGAUCAAAGUGCUAAAAUACUUGUUGAUGAAGCUUGUGAGAUAUUUGAAGAUGUUCUGCUUGCUGAAGACUUGCUGGUGUACAGACUACCCCCUUCAGAUCAGGCCUUACACAGAAAUGUUGACCCAACAUGAUCUAAAUUGUAUAACUAUUUAACUGACUAUAAAUAAAUCAUUUUUUUUAACACAUCAAAUAGGUAGUUAAUACUGCUGUUUGCAAGUUACAAGUUGUUACAUUGUAAAAAUGAAAUUGGAAAGCUUUGCAAUCCAUUUGCAUUUAUAAUUCUAUUUUUGCGUUUCAAUGUCUGUUUUAGGAGCAUUUUAUAACUUAUUUGAAUGUUAUUGAUGUUGAAAAAUUUUACAUUAAAAAUCUGACACUCAAAAAUGCUUAAGACACA